GUGUACACGAUGAGAGCGGAACACAUCGGGACACGCAGCCACGCUCCGCAGACAUUCCUCUAACGAGUUCCAACAAGAGUCCCGCUGAUGAUGACGACGAGGAGGAGGUGGAUGAUGAUGUUAUGAAGGACUUGAUUCCCAGCUGGGUUUAACAACACCUUUCUCUCUCUCUCUCUGUGUGUUGUGUGUGUGUGUGUGUCUCCCUGUGUCUUGACACACUGUUGCUCCACCUCCGUCGCCUUGAACCGAAGCCACGCUCGGCGCCGCAGUGAGGCAGUUCCUCAGGAGGAAGCAGCACACUGGAGGCGGACCGCGCUUGUUGAGGAGAAACCGAGUUAGAAAAUUGACGAUGGCAGACAAUAAGAUGGGCCCAAAACUUCAAGCUGGAGCUGGAUUCCUCGCCAAACGGGUCCAGAAGUCUGUGAACCGAGCCCAGGAGAAGGUCCUUCAGAAACUGGGCAAAACAAUGGAGACCAAGGAUGAACAGUUUGAGCUGUGUUUCCAGAGCCUCAACAAACAACAGAUCGAUGGAAACAGGUUGUUUAAAGAUGUCAAAGCCUACCACGCAGCAGUGAAAGCCCUGCAUGAUGCAUCCAAGCGGCUGUCCCAGACGUUGCGAGACGUCUACGAAUCAGACUGGAAUGGAGUGGAUGACCUGGCUGUCAUUAGAGAGAGUGAAGACUUGCUGUGGAACGACUACGAAGAGAAACUAACUGACCAGAUAGUCCGCACCAUGGAGAACUAUACAAGCCAGUUCCCUGAGGUCAAGGAACGAGUGGCUAAACGCGGUCGCAAGCUGGUGGACUACGAUUCUGCACGACACCACCUGGAAGCGCUACAGAGUGCCAAGAAAAAGGAUGAAGCCAAAAUAGCAAAGGCAGAUGAAGAGUUCAACAAAGCCCAGAAUGUCUUUGAAGAAAUAAAUAACGAGCUGAGGGAUGAAUUGCCUGUUCUCUAUCAGAGCCGAAUAGGUUGCUAUGUGACGGUGUUCCAAAACAUAUCAAACCUGAGAGAUGUCUUCUAUAAGGAAAUGAGUGUGCUGAACCGUGAGCUGUACAAUGUGAUGAAGAAACUGGAGACUCAACACUCGGGAAAAGCUUUCAUCAUCAAGGGUCUGAACAGCUCGUCAAGCAAGUCAAAGAAGAGAAAGUCCCUGGUCAUCUCCAAUCCCAUCCCUUGCAAUACAGCUUUCCCAGCCGACCACGUCUCCAUCCAUUCUUCCACCGAAAACGGAAAAGACACCGCCCCCUCUCCCCCUCUCCAACGAACUGAAAGCAUCUCCGAAGAAACCAGCCUUCCAGAAGAGAGUGGUGUCUCGUCCAAAGAUGUCAACUCGUCGGACUCCGAUCUCAGCUCCAGCGGCACAAACACACCGAAGAGGCAGUCGGUGUGUGACAAUGAGAGCAGUGAAAGGAGCACAAGGAGUCAAAGUCCAGAGGAAGCAGAGGUAGCGGCGGAAGCAGAAGCAGAACUGGCCACGAACCAGUCGGAUGACUCCGGGGUGGGAGUGCCAAAGUCGGAGGCUGCAAGUCAGGAAGUGUCCAAUCCCUCUGAUUCUGCAGAUAGCGACUCCCCACAGAGUCCAGAGCAGGAGAAUGUGAGUGAUCCACCAUCAGAGGAGGCCCAGUCCAAACCACCACCGGUUCCCGCCCCCCGCGUCUCCUUCCGCUCCACAGAUAAAAGCCCCCUCUUAACCGCGAAGGAGCAGGAGGAGACGGAAGAAGCAUCAGCCAACCAGGAGACAGUCGACUCAGAUAAUGAGUCCAGUUCCUACGAUCCACCAGGCUUCCUUUACAAGGGGGUGGCGUUGCAGAGCCACGCAGCGUCUGAAGACGGCCUGCUCCAGUUCGAACAGGGAGACAUCAUCCUGGUGCUCGCUGACACUCAAGAGGAGGGCCUGCUGAAGGGGAUCAGGGAGGAGAGCUGGAACCAGCACGGGGACCUAGAAAAUCACUCUGGGAUCUUCUCGGAAAAACUCAUCCAGCCUAUUCAGGCAGAGUGAGGCAAUAGUCGCUCCUCAGUCUGUAAUACUUUCUUCUUCCAUCGAGCACUUGGUGACUCACACACACAGACACACACACACACACACACACAGAGGGAGUGAACCCAUAUGUUUUGGGUGCAGAAGCUGUACAAAUAGAUGACGUGACAAAUCGACAAACACGUGGUUACUCACAUGCUAUGAUGUUGCAACUUGUGGAACAAAAGUGCCUGAGCUUUAGAACAUUUUGUUAGAGAUGUUUGGAUUGUUACAGUAUUUUACUAUUUUUGUAUCUUCAAAGUCUUUAUGUUGAACAAUGUGAAAGCAAAAAUAUUUUAUACUGAUGCUAUGAUCUUGUGUAAUAUUUCCUAAUAAAGUUGUAAAUAAAAGAGAGGAGGAUGUCGUUCUGGUAUGAAA